AUGGGAGCGAGCGAGGGCGGUAAGGUACCGCCACCACCGAAGGCGCAGCGGCGCCAGCUGACCCAACAGCAGCAGACGCACAUUCUGAGCGACAUUCAGAAGCACCAGCAUCGGUUCAAUCUGCACCAGAACCAGCGCCAGCCGAACGUCUUCAUACAGCCCUCGAUCCAGAUCCCGGUCCCUCCGCAGCCCCACGUCCGACCUCCGCCACCAUUCGGUUCCCCUGCCUCACACUUCCCGCCACAGCCGAACGCACACUUCCACCACUCCAACAACCUACACUCGGGUCCGCAGGCGCAGAACAGUUUUAGAGGGCCGCCGCCGCCGCCACCGUCGGCCGGACAGGCCGCCAACCGUCCAGGAGUUAACUUUGGAGCCCAAACGCAGGACACACGCCUCCCGCCGCAGCAGCGGUCCGUACAGAACCAGCUGCAACAGGCACAGUUCUUCAACGGACCACCUCCUCCACCACCACUCCCACACCAACAACAACAACAGGCGCCCUUCCUGAACAGCCUUGACCACACGUUCGGCGCCACACCCAACCGACCCACGCACCUCACUCAGGUUCCCUUCCUGCCACCAAACCCCUCGUUCGGCGGUUCCAGCGCCGGUCAGGUUCGGUUCCCCAGCCAAGGUUCGGUGGUUGGGCAAAAUCUCGCCCAACAACAGCCACUGCAAUCGUUCCCGGGCCAACAGUUGCCGCAUCCGGCGGCAUCUCCUGCCUUCAAACAAUCGUCCUUCAGUCAGCCGGCCUUCCACCACCAUCACAACCACCACGCGGCCGCUCAGUUCCCUCCGCUCAACCAGCAGCAGCAGCAGCAGCCGCUGACCAACGGCUUCCAGCAGUCGCAGCAACUUCCGAAACUGCAACCGAGCAUCCAGUUUGUGCCGAACAACAUUCCAGCGUUUAGCAGCCCGCAGUCGGGUGGCGGUGGCGGAUUCCCGCAGGCUCAGGCCCAGGUGCAGGUGCCCUUCAGCGGGCAGCCCCAGUUCGCGUUCGGUGGACUUCAACAGCAACAGCAACAGCAACCGUUGAACUACCAGCAACAGCAGGAACUGGAGAACCGCCUCAAGGAAGAAGGUGACCGAAUCCGGGAGCUGCAGGAAAAGCAGAAGGUCAUCCAGAAACACGAGCAGUUCCUGCAGAAACAGUACCAGAAGCAGCAGGCCAAGGUGCAGCAACUGCACCAGGAGUUCCUGAAGAAGCAACAGAAGAUCCUCCAGCAACAGCAGCAGCAGCAGCAGUACGAUCAGCAGCAACAGAGGACCGUCGUGCAGACGGGCGUUAGAUCGCGCGAGGUUCUCCCAUCCGAGCGGACACUCUUCGAGAAGGCUGUCAAACUAACGAGCCCGGAAUCGGAUACAGCACCAGCCGCACCCAGCACAAGCCACCUGUCGGUGAUUCCGCUCAAACCGAACAGCAAGAAGGACUACAGCAGCAUCACCCAGUCCGAUCUGGACGUGCUCUUGAGCUCGAACCGGCAGAACCUGUUCCAAACGAUCAAGGCCGAGACGGUUAAGCCCACCGCGGGUAAGGUGGCCAAACCGACGAAGGUGAAGUCAACGAAGGCGCUCGGACGGGACGAACUGCUGAAGCAGCUGAAGCUUGCGCUGGCCGAAACGACCCCCGAUCUGGGCGGCAAGAACUACAGCUCCACCGAUCUGGUGCUGCCGAACGGGGAGAAGGUUCAGGUUAUCCGUACGACCGAUCCGGAGAUUAUCAAGCGUGCCAACGCCAACUCGGAGGGUGUGCUGACGCAACAGCUCGAGUCACCCACCACCCCGAAGCCGCUCUCGUUCGAGGACAUCGCCCGGAGUGGGCUGCUACCACCCGGAGCCGACUUUGAGCUGAUCAAACAGACCGAGGACGGCCAGAUCCAGGAGGUAGCGAAGAUUCCGCCUCAGAAGAAGGUCACUUUCGUGUACCUCGAGGAGCAGGACGAUGGCUCGUACAAGGUGCAGGGUGUUAAGGGUAGCGGCGAUAAGGAAACGAAAACAUCCGGUGCCGAUGUGGACAGCAUCCUCAAGCGCAUCAAGAACGGUGAAAUCCAGUUGCCCCCUUCGUCGGUGUCGAAGUCGGCGGGUUCCCUCAUCUUGGAUGAGCCCCUGACGACGACCACUCCACGCCAUCAGCCGAUCAAAAAAACAAACUCCGUUACCAUCAUUCCACACAGCACUCCGAUCGAGAACCAGCCUUCGACUUUGUUUGUAUCCGGCAGUACGGUGCAGCACACGGCUACCCCAGGACCGGCGACCAUCUACGCAUCCACGGCGUCCCCGUCCAGUCCGAGCUCCGUCACGGCGUUCGCACCCAGCGCGUACUCCGGCAGCACUCUACCCCAGCAGACUUCGGCCCGGCUCUCGACACCAGCCUCUGCGCCAGGGUACUUCGCAGCCGACAGUACGGCGCGGUUCUCGGAGCCCAGCUCUGUGUAUACCCCGGCGGCCACCACGGCCAUUCCUGCCCCAGCACCAGCUACACCCGCCCCGAGCAUCUAUCAAACCCAAGCGAACACGGAGAAAUACUACUCCGAUACGACCGGAGCCGAACAGCAGCAGACGGCCAGUACCUACCGCCAGCCUCACCACGUCAACCACAGCUUCAAAGACGUUGGACCAACGGCCUCCGCUUCCGAAACUGUCACCCAACAGCAGCAGGACAACACACCGACACCGACCCAGCAAACCCAGCAGCAGCAGCCAUCGCAGCCGUCGGACAGCGGUGCGCAGCCGGAUCCGCAGAACGAACUGCCAGCCAUUCUCAAGAAUAACGGACUAUUUGCCAUGGCCAAAUACCUCCGCCAGUCUGGACUCGAUACGAUUCUGAACGAAACCGGACCGUACACGAUCUUCGUGCCGACCGACAAGGCCUUCCGGAGUCUCCUGGUUCAGCUGGGCGGACCCGAGAAGGCAGAAGAGAAGUUCCGCAACAAUCCGCGACUGCUAAGCGGGCUUCUGUUGCACCACGUCAUUCCUGGGUCUUUCGAAAUCGCAUCGCUACAGGAUGAGAUGACCGGAGUGUCGCUGGCCGGAACCCAGCUUCGCGUCAACCAGUACAACAUGCACGACUCCGAGUGGAAUGAUGUUAAGGUAACAACCAUCAACGGAGCAAUGGUCGUCCCAGACAAGCAGGACAUUGUGAUUCCGCAGGGCGUGGCGCAUGCCGUUGAUCGUGUCAUGUUCCCGCUUCCGGUCGGUGACAUUCUGCAGACGCUGCAAUCCGACCGUGAGCGACGCUUCACGCACUUCCUACGAGCACUGUUCGCAUCGGGAAUGUCGGAUACUCUCCAGAAUAAAGGUAUCAAAACAUACACAGUAUUCGCCCCGACCGAUGUCGCAUUUGCUCACCUCACGGCGGAGGAACUUACCAAGCUAGUCACGGAAAAGGAGCCGGCCGAAGAGCUGGUCCGCAAGCAUGUCGUCCCCGGGACACUGUUCACCGCUGGCAUGCGCUUCUAUCAGGUGAAGGACGCCAUGGCGGAAGGUAAAACCGUCACGCUGCAGAAGAGUGGAGGUAAAAUUAAGGUCAACGAUGGCUACCUGCAGACGUCCAACAUCCCGACCACGAACGGUGUCAUCCACGCGAUUGACUCGCUACUGUAA